AUGUCUAGCUGGGCACUAAGGGCCGCCAAGAAGAGAGAGAAUGAAUUCGUCCCUGGAUCUUCCAAAUUUGUUGCUCACGAAUUAGGGUACCAGUUUGCAGAAGCUGGUGCUCAAAUUGGAGAACACUAUAGAGAGGUCAAGAGUGAACUCGACUGGCUCAGCGUAUUUACGGCAAAUAUUCUUGACGGGAAAGUAGAUAUGUCCUUGGAUGAUGAAACUGGGGGAGAGAUGAAUACCACAGUUGUAGAGCCCGCAGAAGUGAGACAAGAAUUGCGAGAAACAAAAACUACAACUCAAACUCGGGAAGCGAAUGAAAGGAGGCAAGAAAAGACUUCUGAUGGCCCAUUGCAACACCCUGAGGUUAAUCCUGUAGCGGCAGAGGCCGUUGAAGUGAUACAGGAAGGUACACCAGAAACCAACCUCAAUCCUAAAACGCAAAUAGCAGAAGAAAAAGAAGAAGAACAAGAACAAGAGGAAGAACAAGAGGAAGAACAAGAACAAGAACAAAAGAAAGAGGAAGAAGAACAAGAACAAGAACAAGAGAAGGAAAAUAAUUCUGGUCGCAUGUCGGAGCAUUUGCACGUAGAGCCAACCAAAGUCGUGGAGAUCUACCAUGACUCCACUAGUCCGUCCUUCUUGUUACCCAAAACACCGGCAAAACCAAGUAUGGAUUCAGACAGUUCCUUUCAGGCAAUUAGCACUGCGAUAAGAAAGAGCACUGCCAAGCGGAUGAGGGACGAGGAGAAUUUUCUACCGUUACACUUGAGUAACAGACCCCGUAGCUCCAUUUUUGUCCCCUUGCCUGCAAGAAGUUCCAUCCUACCGAGUAAGAAAUCGGGACAAGAGUCGUCUUUUGUUUUUGAGAACCAAGAGCCAACAGGUGUGAAAAACUCGGCAAUUGCUGAUGACAAUGAUGAUGAUGUGUCGGAAAAAAAGCCUUCGUCAGUCGCCUAUUUGAUGAACAUGCAGUCCAGUCCUGAAAACAGAAGUAUACUGAAACAAGAAAAUAAAAGGGGCAGUGAAGAGCCCCGACGACCAAACUCCCCAAGGCGCCUUCUACAGGAGGAGUCACUUCGUGCCCCUUCUAUCAAAUUACAACCUGUGAACUUAGAAGCUUCUCCAUCGGCACAGUCCACUCCGCAUCAAAACCGAUCACCUACAAGAGCAACAAACGGCACGGGAGAUAUCUCAGCUAAGCGACCAGUGUUGGAUCCAGAGUCGUCAUCUCCAGAAAAAGUGUUGGCCCGAUUAACUUCUCCCACUAUAUCGAGUGCUGCCAAAGUUCGACCGAAACGUGUGGAACCACGAAAAGAAAAGAAUAGAUUCUUGGCCACUUUGCUACAAUCGAGUAAAACCGCUACCAGCGAGAAGAUCGGUAAAGAUCCAAAGCUCGUUGCACCAAAGUCCGCCGAGCCAGCAGCAAGACUCGAGCACUCCACCUGGACAAAGUCCACCAAGAAAUCCAUGAUGGAAAAGAGAAGCGAAGCAGCCGCAUUAAAGAAAAGACAAAAGAUUUUUGUCAACCUCAACCCGAUCAGGAAAUCUGAGCUGGCUCAGCAAAAACCUGACGACCGGGGCCAUGCAGCGCAAUCUUUGACUCCUCAAACCCCCAUGCAGAUUACCCCAGAAAAUCUACCGCAUAUACUGUCGGACGAUGACAAAAACCCUAGCCAGAAAAUCAUUCAGCCAUGGGGAGCUAGCCCCGAACUUCAACGACUCGCACGAGCUAGAAAGAGUGUGGAUCCAGCUACGAUUUUCCCUGCAAACCCAGUUUUGGACUUGUCGAAAGUGUUUAAUAAAGCCUAUGACCUACAAUCACCAGCUCCAACUCCUCACAAAUAG